UUCGCUCUCUUAACCGUCGUCUUCGGGCUCGCCUCCUGCGGUAGAUUGGACAGCCAAUAUCUACCCCCCAACACACAGGGCGCUCAAAAUGGAGGGUAUGCUGGAGCAGGAAACCAAUACAGCAAAGGAGGCGCUGAUGAGUACCAAAGAUCCCCCAACGCAGACAUUCCCAUCUUAAGAUUAGACAAUCAGAAUGAAGGCGAUGGUAACUACCAGUACGCUUUUGAAACUGGCAAUGGAAUUCAGGCUCAACAGCAGGGAAGCGCGCAGGAAGGAACUGGUACUCAAACGCAGGGAUCUUACUCAUACACCUCGCCUGAAGGUGAACAGAUCCAGAUCAGCUACCAAGCUGAUGAAAACGGUUAUCAGCCUCAAGGGUCGCACAUUCCUACUGCUCCCCCCAUACCGGCAGAAAUCCAAAAGGCCAUUGAGCAGAACCUGGCUGAUGAAGCCAAUGGAAUCGUCGAUGAUGGACAGUACCGGCCAGAACCUCAGGGUAUCAACAACUACCAGCAACAACAAGGUGGUUACCAACAAAAAGCUCAACUCCCUCAAGCUCAAAGCAACCAAUACAUACCUCCCAGUGCUGGACAGCGACAGGCAGGAAACGGCGGAUACAAAUACUAAGUAGUUGUUAAUGUGUAAAGUGUAAAAUAUAUGUGAUGUGUUGAAAUGUUAA